GUUCGUCACUUCCUGUGCUCUCGGCGCUCUGUACUAGAGUGGUUAGCUUUGGCUCGUCUUAGCGAUAAUAUACAACUAUAUUUUAUAGUCACUGUUUCUUAUCUUGUGCGGCGUGUCGGCGAUACCGAUGCUCGUAGUUUUAUUGGGUUGGACGUGAAUGUGUAUUUUUAAGCGGCAGUAACUAGUGAGGAUUUAGCGUUAGCAGGCUAAUGUUUGUUUAUUUAGCAUUCGGCUGUUCACUAAAUUUCUACAAACAAAACUGUUCGCGGGCCUCAUAAAGUUCUGCCCACAGUCACGUGUCUUCUUGGCGGACAGGAGAAAAGUAGCCGGAGAAUCUACAGAGUUAACCAUCUAUCAGCAGCAGUGUUAAACAUGGAGGAUGACGAGGUUGCAGAGAGUUGGGAAGAAGCGGCAGACAGCGGGGAAAUAGAGAGAAGACUUGAAGCAAAACUGAAAAUAAAUCAAGAGUCAAAGAAGUCCAGUUUGAGUUCAUCUAACUCACCUGUGAGAACUGCUGUUGUAAUCCAGGAUGACUCUCUGCCUGCAGCACCCCCACAGCAAAUUCGGAUUUUAAAGCGUCCUUCAAAUAACGGUAGCACAGGAAAUCUUGCAUCUUCCUCACGCCCUUCUCACCAAAUGAAAUCUUUGGCCCAGCGGGAGGCAGAGUAUGCAGAAGCCAGAAGAAGGAUUUUGGGUAGUGCUGCUGCAGGUGAUCCAUCUCAGGACAGUCUAAGCCAUGACAGGCAUGUGAGUGCUCAGCAACCGCCAGAACCAGUUCGUCCAAACAAUCAUGUGAUUCGCCAACCUACUGGCCCAGAUGGAACCUCCGGUUUCCGACUCUGCAGAUAAAAUUUGUGCUCCUUGCUGGAUCUGCAAGGAGCCCGCCCUCUCUACCUGAGAGGGCAGUCAGGGUGGUGUGGGUGGAAUUGCACAUGAAGAACAGAGUGGGAUGACUGACUUCACUGAUAUUAGAAAUUUGAAAACGUAACACAGAAAGAUAUGAACUGCUCCACACUCUCUACUCUGCUUCCUGGUAUGUUCUUUGCCUUUGGCCUUUUGUCUUUUUUCCCAUCACAGGGGGCAAGUAGAGAUCAGCCAUGGAUAAGAAACCCUUUCUGUCGUGCAGUGCCCAAUGACACCCUGAUGUACGAUAAGGUGCCCCAUGAUUCUUAAUCUCAUUGGCUUUUUUGAGCACCGGGGCAUCAGGUGGCCACCCCUUCAUGGAGAACAAAGAGCUUGCGUAAGAAGUUCCUGGAGACAGGCAAACAAAUGAGUGAGCCUUUCAGUGAUCGAAAGUAGAUUGUGGCUGUGUUCACUGGGAGGGUGGCAUCAUUUUCUUCUGGUCAGUGAAAAUAAAAUGCUUGUCUUGGCUAGGACUUCACUGUUCAGCUAUUAUUAGCGUACACGAUGCUUGAAAGUAAACAUUUUGCAUUGAUUUCACUGAAAUGUGCUGAUGUCUUUGAAAUGCUGUAGUCCCGUGACAGUGGCAGUGGCCCAGGCUAGCACUUUCUAUAAAGAACAGGCUGCUGGUUGGUGGUGCUAGCUAAAGAAGUGAGAUGCAUUGCUCAGUAAAUACUCAGUGUGUGGCCAAAGAUUGUAGAUCAGAGUGAGAAUGUCAAAAUAAAACCUUUUCAAGCAAUAAUAAAUAAAUUACACCAGGGAUUAUUUUUUUAGAUAUCAUAUAAUUACUUUUGCUAUGAAUUGUUUGAACUUUAACUGAUUUACAUUGUUUGUUUGGUUUGUUUGUUUGUGUUUUUUUGUUUAUUUGUUUGUUUUUUCUCCUUUCACGUGCUUUUAAAAGUGACUGUUCCCGGAUCAAGACCACCCGUGCAAAUUCUUCAUAUAAUGUGGAGUUGUGUCAGGAAGGGCAUCCAGCAUAAAACUUGUGCCAAAUCAACAUGCAGAUCCAUAUUGGAUCUGCAGUGGGAAUCCUUUGCAAAAAGGGACAAGUUAAAAAAAAAAAAACCUGCAGGUUUUGUGAGAAGGAUAACUGUAUUGAUAGCACUGCAUAAAACUUUAUUAAAAAUUUGACAGUUUAUCUGUUACAUUGAAAUUCUCAUGAGGUUGCACGUACUGUAAAUGCCACUGUUUGUGCUGCCUUCUUUCUAAUGGUAAUCCAUUUGAAUUGCGUUACUAUUACUGCUACUUGCAACACAUCAAAAUGAGAUUUUGAUUUGUUUUUACACCAUGAACAGCAUCAACUGAAGUGUGUGGUGAAGAUUAAAUUCAGUGAAAUUUUACUGCCUAUGAGUGCCAGUCCUUGUCUCUGGUGUCUUCUACACGUUAGUGUUUUGACAGCUGAAUUUUGUGUAGACAAGAGACAACCAAUUACAUACAUUUAGAUACUAUAUAAAGCCUGUUUCUUUUUUUCUUUCCAUUUUUUAACAAAAGCUAAUUUGGAAAAGUUAUCAGUAUAUUUGACAGUAUUAAACUUGGUACUUGAAUGCCUUAAGUAGUCUGUGGUUUUUCAUGCUACAGGCACAAGAAUAAUUCUGCUUUGUUCCCCUGGAUCUAGUAUUUUUCCUAUAGCUCCUCUUCUUUUUUUUUUAAAUUACAAUCCAAAAAAUUUUUUAAUUUGCUUUUAUUUGUGCAUUUAUGUUUCACUAUGGACCCUGAAUGAGUCACAAUUUAUUGCUGGCACUAAGAUUUGUGGAAAAUAAACCCAACUUAAUCACAAAGUGGGCACACAAUAAAUGCUUUUCCCAGAGAAGUUUUCCAUCACUUUUAACUGAGGCAUCCUGCAUUUCCAAAAUUAAUUAUUAGUAGUUUGUUGCAAAGCUUCACAAGAAACACUUUAUUGGAUGCAAUAAAGUCAAACUAUAGUAGCCAUUAAAUGUAUAAAAAAAUGUUUGAACAACUGCGUGGUGUACUGAGUUUCCCAGGAAUUAUUGAAACUGCAGCAUUGCGACGUUUUAAACCACUCCUUCAACCUUCACUAGCUGCUAAAUAACAUCCUGUAUCAAAUAUUGGGCAUGGUUUUUGAGAAGUAUUCAAGAUGGGCUUUUUAAUUGCUAUUGUGUGUUAGGUUCUCUGAUGCGAAACUUUUAUGAGCCUGCAUCAGGAUAGUGUGACACUUCUAAAAUAGAUUUGGACUUUUACUACAGAUGCCCUUUUUCAACCAAUGACAUUUAACUAGUGAGAUGAAAUGCAUUUAUGUGGAUUAUCUCAGUCAACAAACGUAGGACAGGGGGAAGUUAUGUGGUUGCCUUUGCACAAGCCAUCACUCAAAAAAGUGGACAGAUUACAAUGAAAUUUUGUGGAGUCUUCCUGUCGUCAAGGUGAUCAACAUUUGCUGGUAAUCUGAACUACAAUGUUUUCCUUUUAUGCCUUCAAUUUCUUUAACAUUGCAGACUAGUUUUUUUUUUUCUUUUCUUCCUUUUAAUGUACUUGCUUUUCAAAAGUCAGACUGUCAGCUGGUGGAGGUAAUAAUGGUUGAGUACUAAUAAUGUUUGGGUAUUAUUACUGGAGUUGUGACCUUUCAAGUUUACAAUGUAGUUUUACAUUUAAAACUGAAAGGAAAUCAUAAUUCAAUACCUGCAACUCAUGAUGCUGUUUAGUCAUCCAACAGCUGCUUGUCUAGUGUGAGGCUGAGUUGAUGUCAUUGUUACAAGACUUGGGAAAAACAUGAAGUUUUGACACCCUUUAAUAAAGAUGCUUAAAAUAC